AUGAAGGAGUACAUCGCGCGCUUCGGGCACGGGUCCGCCAAGCUGGCACGGCAGGCGCAGAGCAAGGAGAAGACGCUGGCCAAGAUGGAGCGCGGCGGGCUGAGGGAGAAGGUGGCGAGGGACAGGAUCCUGACGUUCCGCUUCGCGAAUGUGGGCAAGCUCCCGCCGCCGGCGCUGCAGUUUGUGGAGGUGACGUUCGGGUACACGCCGGACAACCUGAUCUACAAGAAGCUGGACUUUGGCGUGGACCUUGACUCGCGGGUGGCGCUGGUGGGUCCCAACGGGGCGGGUAAGAGCACGCUGCUGAAGCUGAUGACGGGGGAGCUGGUGCCGCUGGACGGGAUGGUGCGGCGGCACAACCACCUACGUAUCGCGCAGUUCCACCAGCACCUGGCGGAGAAGCUGGACCUGGACCUGUCUGCGCUGCAGUACAUGCUGAACGAGUACCCGGGCAACGAGGAGGAGCGGAUGCGGGCGGCCAUCGGGCGGUUCGGGCUGUCGGGCAAGGCGGCGGCACGGCACCAAACAGAUGCGUGCAACUUCAGCGGAAGGAAGGAAGGCUAUUAG